GCGUGUGUUGGACGCAUGCGCAAUGCCGCCUUACGUGGCAUCGGCAGCAGUCACGGUUUCAUCGACAUGCAGCAUCUUCAAGAAAUUGGCACACAGCAAUAUGCUGCACCUGUGCCACCAAUGAGCAAUCAACAAAACUUCUCGAGACCUCCAAUGAUGGGGCAACAGAAUUUAUCAGGCUCACAAAUGCAUUCUCACUUAUUACCUGCACAAACCAUGGUUCAUUCCCAAAUAUUAAGUCCUCCAAUGAUACCUAGUCCCCAUAUGUCUCCACGUUUAUCAUCAGGUCCUGUACCACAUGGACAACCUCCUGUAGGUUAUCAUACACAAGUGACCAGUUCAUCGAAUAUCAUUUUAUCACAAUCUGGAGCAGGACCAUACAAUUCUGCACCACUAUUAUCAGCACAGGCUGUCGCAAGUCCAACAGGCCCAGGCUUGUCACAGUAUGAAUCAAGACAAUUUGCUCCUCCACUCUCGACUGCUGGACAACAGUCUGUUACAACUCCUGCUGGACUAAGUUUUCCUCAGGCUCGACCAACGCAGUAUGUGCAAAAUGCACCUCCAAUACCAGGUCAGAUCAUGACGAAUAGUGGUCCUCCAGGGCCAGGACUGGCACAAACUGGUCAAAGGCAAUACAGUUCCGCGCCUCCACUGCCGGGACAAGCUUUAUCCAGUCCUUUAGGAAUUAAUCGUAUGUCACCUGGAAGCACACCGGAUUAUCAACCACAAUCUGUGUACCAACAGCCAGGAUAUCAUAAUCAAAUGGACAUGUAUAAUAGUCAAAGAAGCCCAUAUCAAAGCAAUGUUACCAAUACUGCAGGAUAUCAACCAGGACUUCCACCACAACAAGCUAGACGACUUGAUCCAGAACAAAUGCCAAGUCCAAUUCAAGUGAUACAAGACGAUCAACGUACGAGAGGUGGAGUGUUUAUAACUAAUCAGAGAGGUCUAGUGCCUCCUCUAGUGACAACAGAUUUUGUAACUCAGGAUCAAGGAAAUGCGUCCCCUAGAUACAUCAGAUCCACUAUGUAUAUUGUUCCUACUACUGCAGAUAUUAUAAAACAGACCAACGUUCCCUUUGGACUUGUGGUAAGUCCAAUGGCUCGUAUUGUAGAAGGAGAAUGUGAACCACCGAUUGUAGACAUGGGUGAGAUCGGGCCGGUGCGUUGUGUGCGUUGUAAAGCGUACAUGUCUCCAUUUAUGCAAUUUAUCGACGCUGGCCGCAGAUUUCAGUGCAUAUUUUGUAAAGCUACAACGGAAGUCCCCAGUGAUUACUUUCAACAUUUGGACCACACGGGUCAACGUUUGGAUCGUUAUGAAAGACCUGAGUUAAUGUUGGGUACAUUCGAAUAUAUAGCCACAAAGGAUUAUUGCCGGGCCAAUGUUUUUCCGAAAUCACCAGCCAUUGUGUUCUUAAUUGAAGUGUCGUAUAAUACAGUCAAAUCUGGGUUAGUGAAUUUACUGUGUACAGAAAUGAAGUCUAUAAUAAAAAAUCUACCUGUCGAUGUUGGACAAACCAAGAGUAACAUGAAAGUUGGCUUUAUAACUUAUAACAAUACCGUGCAUUUCUACAACAUCAAUCCUCGUCUUGCUCAACCACAAAUGAUGGUCGUCGGAGAUAUUCAAGAUGUAUUUAUGCCACUUCGAGAUGGAUUUUUAUGUGACGUCGAGGAGAGUGAAACAGUUAUCGACAGUCUUAUGACACAGAUUCCUGAGAUAUUCGCAGAUACUCGAGAAACGGAAACAAUUCUUGCUCCUGUCAUACAAGCUGGUUUAGAAGCAUUGAAGGUGUCGGAAUGUGCUGGCAAAUUGUUGGUGUUUCAUUCGUCUUUACCAAUCGCUGAGGCACCUGGGAAAUUGAAGAACCGUGAUGAUCGUAAAUUCCUCGGAACUGAUAAGGAAAAAACCGUGUUAGUACCGCAAAACAAUGUCUAUAAUAAUCUGGGUCAGGAAUGCGUGGGCGGUGGUUGUAGCGUGGAUCUGUUUAUCUUUAACAAUUCGUAUGUAGAUAUAGCAACGAUUGGUCAAAUUUGUCGUCUCACUGGUGGAGAGGUUUAUAAGUAUACUUACUUCCAGGCGGAUAUCGAUGGUGAAAGAUUAAUUUCCGAUGUUAUUAACAAUAUUAGCAGACCGAUCGCUUUUGACGCCGUUAUGCGAGUACGUACGUCUACAGGCGUUAGAGCGACCGAUUUCCAUGGACACUACUUUAUGUCCAAUACAACCGAUAUGGAAUUAGCCAGUAUAGAUUGCGACAAGGCUAUUGGAAUAGAAAUCAAACACGAUGAUAAGCUGGCAGAAGAGGAAGGUGUCUACGUUCAAGUGGCUUUGCUGUAUACUUCCUGUAGUGGUGUGAGAAGAUUGCGAAUCAUAAACCUAGGCCUGAAGACCUCUUCACAAAUGGUUGAACUGUAUCGCGCGUGCGACUUAGAUGCCAUCAUAAAUUUCUUCUCCAAGCAAAGUAUUUUCAAAUUAUUGGAAUCUACUCCGAAAGCGGUAAAGGACAACUUGAUUGCAAGGUGCGCAAACAUAUUGGCUGCGUAUCGGAAACAUUGCGCAUCACCUUCAAGCGCCGGGCAGUUGAUAUUACCGGAAUGCAUGAAAUUACUUCCGCUUUAUAUCAACUGCGUAUUGAGAAGUGAUGCGAUGUCUGGAGGUGCUGAUAUGACUAUUGACGACAGAUCUUUUGUCAUGCAAGCAGUCGCAACGAUGCCUGUCAUGACGUCCGUUGUGUAUACUUAUCCUAGAUUGCUUCCUUUGCACGACGUGGAUCCUCAGGACAUGGAUUUACCUCCGAUGCUGCGUUGUUCUAUUGACAAAUUCACAGAUGAUGGCGCUUAUCUCCUUGAGAAUAGCAUUCAUAUGUUCUUGUGGUUGGGGAUGACUCUUUCUUCUCAAUGGGUACAGAAUGUCUUUGGAGUACCUUCGGUAGCUCAAGUCGACACUGAUCGUACUGCACUGCCAGUGUUGGAUACUCCCUUGAACAACAGGAUCAUAAAUAUCAUCAACCGUGUACGCGCUGAGAGGCAUCGUUGUAUGAGAUUAACGAUAGUUAGGCAACGUGAGAAACUAGAAAUGGUGUUACGCCACUUCUUGGUCGAAGACAGAGGAAACGAUGGAAGUCCCAGCUAUGUUGAUUUCCUAUGCCACAUGCACAAAGAGAUAAGGACACUUCUUAGUCAAUAAACAACCUCUUAUUAAGCGAUCAGCUUGUAACCCGGAUCUUUUGCAUCGGUGAUUUGUUAUCGCGUUGCCUCAAUGGAGCUCGAUUGAGGCUUUGUAUUUAAUCACUGUAUUUUUAUGCGUACAUCCGCAUUGAAAAAACAAGACGUAAAGGGAUAUGAAAUUGCAAUCUACACUGCAGGGUAGGCUUAGAAGAGAGAGAAGAAGAUCGAAAGAGUAGCGGUGUAUUUCUCAUCGAACAUAGAACAUAGAAUCGUCGUCGUCUUCUCAAUGAAAAGUCAAGCGGAAGUUGAAUUACCGAGUGAUCAUGCCUUGAGUGGAACCAUUUCAGUAAACUAGGGCCACAAGGAUCAAUGUUUGUUUGCGCAUUCGUGCCUUUGUGUAUCUAGAUAGUCAUCUAAGAAUAAAUUCUCAUGAUGGCACAUUUUACCUCACUUUUUGCAACUAUUUUAAUACAACGGCACGGUAAUUGAAUUAUCACUUGAACCUCAUGGGUGGGAAGAAGUCAAUCUGCGAGACUGCACAGUGAAUAUACACACAAGGUGCGUGUUGCCUAUCUUCGUUCUUUUAAGCUUACUCUGUAUGGACAUCUAUACACGGACUGGCAGGCUUGAUUUCAAAGAACAUGACGCGAAUCAUUCCGACCGAUAUUCAGAUACAAAUACGUAUGAAAGUUAGACACGCUUGCAUCAUUCAGUCGUAUAGUGAACGUAUGAAUAACUAUGUGGAUAACGUGGAAUUGUAUUAUCGUUACUUUAUUACUUAAGUAGAUCAUUAAUGUUAUUACUCUCCCCAUGCUAAGUUAAUUAUAAUAAAGAGUAUAAUAAAUCACAAUAAGCUUAUACAUAUACAUAUAUAUAUUAUAUAUCAAUGAGUUUUGUGUUAAUAUAUAUCAGAGGUGCAUAAAUUAAGCGGUGCAGCAGCAUCGCGACGCCAAGUACAUAAAAUGACAGGUUCAUAAUAAUGUUAAUAAUAUUGGUUUAAGAGAAAUUGUAUUUGUGCGAGAAGAAUCGGGUCUUUUUUUAAUCACACGCUCGAAUAAAGAAAAAUAUGAGCAAACUGGACUCUUAUUGUGAUCUUUACAACGAAGUAGCGAGUAGGAUGGAGAUGGAUGGAGUUAUAUUUACAGAACAAUCAAGUGCCUAUCGCCCAAAUAACCACUGACGAGAUCUGGAAGACGAAACAGUUUUGCGUCGAAUUUGCGUAUAUUUUAAUCAGUUUAUUUCCGUUUAUAUGUCAUUACGAUGUAACGAUUACGUGCACGAUGCACAGAACAUAGAACAACGGUGUCGUUUGUAUACGAGGUCUUGCACAACGAGUAAUGAUGAAUCCAAAUGUAACCGAGAGUGGAUUCAACGAUAAAUUCUAUCGAGACGGA